GACGUCAUGUACUGCGUUGCGCGGUGUGGGCCGUCGCCCCCGCUUUGUGCGCCACUCGGAUUGCUGACAGCCUCAUGGCCAUCCCCAAUUAUUUAGCACGUUUCUUGCGUCUCGUCGUCGGCUACGAGGACUUUGCCUGUGGGCGUGCCCGGGACUCGGGUCAGGUACUCUUGUGCGGUGCGGGAACAUGUCCACCACCACUGCUGCCUCCGUUUCCUCCUCCUCCUCAUCCUCCUCGCCGAGGCUGGAAGGAAAGGUGGCUCUCGUGACCGGCGGGGCAUCUGGUAUUGGGGAAGCCAUUGCCAAGCUCUUCAGAAAACAUGGUGCAAAGAUAUGUGUGGUCGAUGUGCAAGAUGCUGUCGGCCAGCAACUAUGCGAGUUCUUGGGUGGUGAUCCAUAUGCUUGCUUCUUCCACUGUGAUGUCACCGUCGAAGAUGAUGUUCGCCGAGCUGUCGACUUCGCUGCCGAGAGAUAUGGCACCAUCGACAUCAUGGUUAAUAAUGCUGGGAUUACCGGCGAAAAGGUGGUGGACAUCCGAAACGUCAAUUUCGAUGAAUUCAAGAGGGUCUUCGACAUCAACGUGAAUGGCGUCUUCCUCGGGAUGAAGCACGCGGCACGAGUCAUGAUUCCUCAAGGGAAGGGCUCCAUCAUCUCCCUCGGCAGUGUGGCAUCGGUCAUCGGAGGAAUGGGUCCGCACGGGUACACCGGUUCCAAACAUGCAGUGGUAGGUCUUACCAAGAAUGUGGCCGGAGAGCUGGGGAGGCAUGGGAUCCGAGUGAAUUGUGUGUCUCCAUAUGCAGUUCCGACGAAACUGUCGAUGCCGCAUUUGCCGGAGUCCGAGAGGCAAGAAGAAGAUGCAGUGGAGGGGUUUCUGACAUUUGUGCGCAGCUGUGCCAACUUGAAAGGCGUCGACCUGCUACGGAAUGAUGUGGCGGAGGCCGUGCUCUACUUGGCGAGCGAUGAGGCCAAGUAUGUGAGUGGGCUCAACCUGGUGGUGGAUGGGGGAUUCACUUGUGUUACCCACAUUCUUAAGCCAUUCGAGUGAGGUAACUUAAGUGCCGAAACCUGAACUUGCCAUCUGAUGUAAAUAAAGGACUCCCCAAGUGUGGAAGAACAACCAGAGUGUGAUUUCUAACUUAGAUUUGCAAGACAUGUUUGCCCGUUGUAUUUUCUGUCGGAAAACUUUCUCAUGUGCAUAUCUAAUGGUUGCAAGCAGUGGUCGCUUUUUCUUUUUC